AUGGCCGAAGCUCAAUUGGAAGAUUUCCCGUCCCUCUUCUCGCUCAAGGGCAAGGUCGCCGUCGUGACGGGCGGUUCCCGCGGCCUCGGCCUGCACGCCGCUUCAGCCUUCCUGCAGGCUGGAGCUUCCAAGGUCUUCAUCUCCUCCCGCAAGGCCGACGCGUGCGAGGAGGCCUGCAAGGCCCUCAACACCCUCCCGAACCGCAGCCCCGGCGCCGUUGCCAUUCCCGUCCCCGCCGACGCGGCCUCGAUCAAGGGCGUCGAGCACCUGCUUGCCGAGGUCAAGAAACACACCGACAAGGUCGACAUUCUGUUUGCUAAUGCGGGCGCCACCUGGGGACAAGCGUUCGACUCGCACCCCGACGACGCGUUCGCCAAGGUCAUGGACCUCAACGUCAAGGGCGUCUUCAACACCAUCCGCCUCUUCGCCCCGCUGCUCGAGAAGGCGGGCAACACGAGCGACCCGGCGCGUGUCAUCAUCACGGCCUCGGUCGCCGGCCUCGGCAUCGGCACGCUCGGCAAGCAGGGCACGUACGGGUACAGCGCGAGCAAGGCGGCGGUCAUCCACCUCGGCAGGAACCUGGCCCUGGAGCUGGCGCCGCGACACAUCACCGUCAACUCCAUCGCACCCGGCUUCUUCCCCAGCAAGAUGUCAAACGGCCUGCUGAAGAUUGCCGGCGGCGCCGACAAGAUCGGCAAGGGCAACCCCAUGGGACGGCUCGGCAAGCCGGAGGACAUUGCAGGCGCCGUGGUCUACCUCGCCAGCCGCGCCGGGUCCCACGUGAACGGCGAGGUCAUCGCGAUUGACGGAGGGUCGCUGUGGCAGCGUGGGGAGCUGAACGUGUCCAAAUUGUAG